CUGAAUGGUUUCAUAUGGCGGACGAAAACUAUUUCUAUCUUGAAGACUGUAUGGCACUUUCACAUUGACUUGGAAAAAUAAUUAAUCACAACUUUUCCUAUUUAAGAAGCAAAAAAUCUAAUGCAAGGUGAAUGAGUUCGAGUGAUUGAGCCUCUUCCAAAAGCAUUCUGUUAUAGAUCAUCGUGCGUAGUUGUAGUGCUCUUAACCAUGACAUCAGGAUGGGGCAAGCGAGCCGCCUCUCGGAUCGACCGAACUCAGUUCGGUAAUGAUGAGCUGCUUAAGACCCUCGGACAGCAAUUUAAUCUCGACUUUGCCAGCUAUGACCAGUGGGAGCGGAAAAAGCCAUCUCGCCCGCCUCCACCGCCAAAAGCAAAAGAGCAGACCCUGACUUUCAUAGCCUCCUCAUGUGAAAAAUCAGAAGAAGCUCGAAAGACAGGAUUAAGCUUUCGGGAGAAGAAAUUAGCUGUCAAACAACAGGAGGAAGAGAAAAGACACUUGGAAAGGAUAACAAUUUUGGAGUUAAGGAUUCAAACAAGAUCCAAAACAUUGCAGCAGUAUAAAAAGAGAUGGCAAGAACUCCUGGAAGAAAACAUACAGCUGAAAAAUGAGAUAGAGGGGAAUGAAGCCAAUACACAUGAUGGUGUCAAGAAUCUUCUCAGGAAAUAUGAGAGAUACAGAGGCGGCAUAGCCUCUCUGAAUGCCAACUUUUUUAAGGAGCAAGAUGAAGCACAGAGGAACCUACAGAGCACAAAAUUAAGGGUUCAGAAUCAGAUAAAAGCACUGGAGCAGCAGGUGAAGGACGUGGAUGAACGUUUGCAAAUGAAACAAGAUGAACUCCAAGUCCUUUUAAGCUACAAGGACAAAGAGUACCCAGUGAAAGCCAUGCUGAUCACAAAGCUGCAGAAGGAGAUUGAAGUUCUUCAGAGUAGUAAUCAGGAAGAAGUGGAGGAGCUUCAACAUAUCAUCAGCACAGCUCUGGGGAAAUAUGAAAAGGAGAGGAUCAGAGUAGACAACGACAUCACAAGAAAUGUGACAGAGGAAGCUGUGGGUCUCAUGCACCCUAGUCUGAAGGACAUGGCAUUGCAGAAUAUGGUCAUGAAAAAGGAAAUAGACUUUCACAGAAAACAGCAAGUCUUUCUACAGGACAGGAACAUGGAGCUGCAACAGGAAGUGGAAAACAUGCUUCGCAACCCACUGACCAACACUCGUCUUCAGAUGUUUCCUGAGUUUUUCCCAAGCAAAAUAAAAUGUACUCCAGAUAUGGACAUGGUGCUAGAUAUCCCCAUUCAGCAAUGGCUCCCAAUUUGACCACACUCAAUGAAAACCAGUGACACUGGCAUAUCAGGUCGCAUCAAAGGUGUAACCAAGAAAUGCUAUGACCAUGGCAAGUCCAACUGUACAGCUGUUUCAUGUUUCACCAAGCAAUGCAACUUGGACUGUACAGCUGUGUAGCCAAGAAAUGCCAUGAGUCUGGCAUGUCAUAAUGGGAGCAGAGUCCAUCACAGCUAACCCCUGUACUGUCCAAACUGUGGCAACUUCUACCAAUCAGCAUUAAACUGUUCUACACUCAAGGUCCAGCUGUCCAUGGGUUGACGUUAUACAAUAAAGGAAGAGAUCACUGUUGACUUUGCCCCUUUGCAAUAUAUUGUGCUUUAUUGCACACAAACAGCAAAGCUCACGGUGUGGCACAGAAUGACAAGUGGUUUUUGUAUACUUUUUGAAAUAGACCAUGGGUCAUGACUGAUUCUUUUAAAUUUAACCAUUUAUUUUUGUUUAUCAAAGACCACAGGUAUCAUGGUUUAGGAAAUUGUUGAGGUUUUUGCUGCUUUAAACCUACUGUGAAAUGUAAGCUAUGCAACUCUACAGAGCUCACUAUUUGUGAUGUGAUUAUGAAUGACAUGAUGAUGAAUGAAGUUUUAAUGAAGAAUGUAAAGACAAAUGAGAACUAAUAAAACCAACGCAAAAAUGUCAGCAAAUAAAAGCUUAGCAUCCAAAAUGAUGUUGAAAGUCAAGACUUUGUAAAGAGAAGUGUGCUGCUGAACUGAACAUUCCAACGUCCAUUCAACAUUUUGUUUAUACUAAUUACUUUCUCAACUCUUUAUUCUCAUGCAAACCACAUGGCCCAUUAAUCAAGUAGCAAAAUAUUUGAUAAUUUUCAUCAACAUCUUCAAGAAAUUCUUUGCGAGUUCCUACUGUUAGGGUGGCUCUGUUUGGUUGCUAGGACACAGUUUUGACAAAUUUGUUGUACAUAUUGACUGGUAUGCUUUAUGCACAUUAACUGUUUUGUAAAUUCCUAGACACUCAGCAUACUAAUAUCCCACACUGAAUGUUUUGGGGGACAGCUUCAAAACUCUUUGCCCCGUUCUUCAUCCAUCAUCCUUGCACACACUCAUAAUCCAAACAAUAAAUAUUUCAAAAUUCAGAAUGUAACCAAACAACAAAACUUACAUAGCCGUUAUCAGCUUUCACUCUCGCAAGAAAUAUGUAUUGCCAUGUAAAUCUCUAAAGAACAAGAACUGGAAAAGCUAGACAUCAGCUUGUCAACCAUAGCAAGUACUUCCCUUAAAGAAACUGCAAGACAAAGCCCCAAAAGUAGGGCCAACAUUCAACAAUCACCUUUCAGAGGUUGUUAUAAGCUACCUCACAGAACUGAAACUUCCCAUAUCAUGUCUACAACUGAAUUACACUCAAGUCCACUCUCUUUGUAUAAAAUGUUGUCUCAUUUAUUAUCAUUUUGGUUUUUAUUCACUCUCCUCAAUCAUGCAGACAUGCACACAUACACUCAUGCAUAUGUGGAAGCACACACAUACACACACACUUUUACUCACUAAUCUGACAUUGCAUGUAAAAUAUAUUUCCCCCUUAGCAUUUUAGAAAAUGGUUGUGAAUGCUGAUGUUGAGAUCUUGGCAAAAAUAUUUGACAUUUGUAGGUAUGAGUCAUAAGAAGCAUCAUGCAGGUCACAAAAGACAUGAAAAAACAA